UUACGUACCAGGAUUCCAUGGCAAUGCUGCAAUGGGAGUGGAUAUACUGCCUUUUUAAAGGUGGGUUCUGGUGAAGGAGACUAGAAUUUGUGAAUCUCAGAAGGAACUUCAAGACCUGUGUACACCAGACUACAAAUAGCUCUUCUGGACAAGAUGAACACCACCAUCGAUGACUCUUCCAUGUUAAGUUUAGAGGGCUUCAUUGUGUCUCCUGAAGCUGCUCACCCUCUUUUUCUGUUAACAUUGGCAGUAUAUCUGGUUAUUUUUAUUGGAAAUGUUACAGUAUUUUCUGUUAUUGUUUUUCAAAAGAAUCUACACAAGCCAAUGUAUCUCAUGAUAUGUAAUAUGUCUGUUUGUGAUUUGAUUGGAAGCACAGCACUAAUGCCUAGAUUAAUGGCAGACUUCCUCACACAGGUUAGAUAUAUCUCAUAUGCAGCUUGUGUCGUUCAGGCUUUCUGUGUUCAUUUCUACAGUUCAGCAGCUCAACUGAUAUUGACUGUAAUGGCUUAUGACAGAUACAUUGCAAUUUGUGACCCAUUAAGAUACAACAGCAUAAUGACAAAUAGUACUUUGGUGAAGCUCUGCUCCCUUGCCUGGGCAGGGGCAUUCGUUUUAAUAAUAAUCCUCUUUGCUCUUACUCUUAGACUUCAGAGAUGCAGAUCACGGAUAGUGGAGGCUAGUUGUAGCAAUGCAGGUUUAUUUCUUUUAUCCUGUGCUGACACGACUGUAAAUAACAUUGAUUAUGCAGCGAUUUCAAAAUCUCAUCCCAAAUGCACGGAAAAUGGUUGGGUUGUUAAUUAUGACCUUUCCACCGUGUGUUAA